CUUCCUUGCACACUCCUGCCUCCUGGGAAGGAAACAUUCAAGCAUUGCAAUACAAACAAGCAAGCUAUAAUGCUUCCUUUUCAUCGAAGGGUCAAGAGUUCAACAAACUUCAGUUAACACAGAAGCUGUCCAUUAGUCAUAAUGAAAGCAACAAAAGAAAGUGCUUUAGAAUAUUAGACAAAAGAGGGUAAGAGAAGAGAAUUUUUAAAAAAAUUUCGUAUGCUUUCAAUUGGCAAAGUUGAUAAAAACAAUGAGAUUUAAUACUAUAACUGGGUAAUUCAAUCCUCAAGUUUUUGUUUUUAUGAUUCUAAUUUAGCUAUUGAUGGGUGAAGAUUGAUAAUAUACAUGGUCAAAUAAUUCCUUUUCCCUUGUCAUUAUUCAAUCAGCAGUUCCUUCAGUAAGUAUUAGGCCCCUGUCACAUUCCUGAAGCUGGGCAUACAACCCAAACCCAAAGCAAAGCUAGGGCAUGCUCUCAUGAAUUCCACAUUCCAGAUCCUGAAUACAGUGGUGCCUGGCACUCGGAGUACCCAUUCUGUUUCAUCAACAUUUCCCAGAAGGAUAGUCCUAAAUAAGCACUAGAUGAGCACCAGGCCUGAAACUUCUCAACGCUUGCUCGUUGCACCUCUAAACCGAAGAUUUAUGGUUGCCUUGCCAUCAUUGGCUGUGCAGUCUUACAUAAGUUACUUAGCACCCACGUUCCCCUGUCAGUGAAAAUGACCACUAGAGGUUUUUUUUUUUUUUUUCUUUUUCCUGUUAACAGGAGAUGUGUGUUGAUUAUUCAGUAGUGAGUGUGGUUGCUGUCCCCCUCUGGUUACAAUAAAAUCACACUUGCCCAAUAGAAUCACCUGUGGAAUUUAAAAACAUUCAAAUCUUAAAAUCUUAAAAUUUGAGUGUGGAAUACAGAAUUCAAGGACACUCUACUUGGUUGUUCAAAGGUGCAGACAGACAGGUCUGGGAAUCAACCUUGCAGUACGGAUUCUAGACUUUGCCUAGCCAUUUGUCUUUCCACUUGGUAGAAUCAGGGUGCCAUCUGUGGAUAACGAAAUUCUUAUGACCGAGGUGCACACAUAUGGGUCUUGAACUGUACCUUGAAUACAAUUAUUUCCGACUUAUCUAGAAUGGGGCCCAUGACUGUGCUGUGCAUAGCUGCCUGUGUGUGACUGUCAAAUCUGUAAGGACUGCUACUGCAGCCUCGGCUCGACCUGCCCGGAGGGAUAGAGGGAAGAGCAGGAAGAGCAUUGCUGCCUAGGGGCGCUGGGCCCAGGCUGGGAAGACAAGGCUUGCUGGCUUCCUCCGCGAUCAGCACCCGAGGCCACUUUCCCCGAGUCCGCUCGGCGCCGUUCCUGGCCCAGUGCGACCCUUGAUCUCGUCCCAGGGCCGGUGCUGGCGUCUCGCUCUCGGUUUCCAUCUGCACCUCGAGCUUCUGCGCUCUGCCUGCUAUGGAGCCUGGGCCGUGCAGCAGGCCCGCUGAGCCUGGGCAUUGCGUGAGCGGCCCCGCGGGCGCGGGCUCAGCGUUCCCGGAGUCCCCGUUGUCCGUCGCUGGGGCGGAGCCCGGGAACCGCCCUGGAACCGUGGCCGCCGUGCUGCCGGCUGGGGGUUGCGGGGAAAGGAUGGGCGUCCGCACCCCGAAGCAGUUCUGCCGGGUUCUGGAAAGGCCGCUCAUCAGCUACACUUUGCAGGCUAUGGAGAGGUAACUGGCGCCAGCCAUCCGCUCCCCCCGAGCCCAGGAUCAUCCCCAACAGGCAGCGUGGCGGGCAGCGCCGGGCCUGGGGCCCUGGCUAACCAGUGCAUGGGGACCCAGGGACUUUCGGUUCCCACGCAGGCCCCGCGGGGCCCGAGGAAUACCUGCUCUAGGAGCGCCUGGGGCACAGUGCCACCGCGCAUGCGUGAGCCUGAGAGUCCUAGCCGCACCUCCAGUUUCCUGGGCAGGCACGUUUCUUCUGGGAAUCAGGCAUGGCUAAAUAACCAGAGUAUGCUGGAUAAAGGACAUUGUUGUGACAGUGACAGGGGAGAACAUGGAAGCAAUGAGAAGUAUCAUCCAGAGGUAUGGGCAUAAGCGCAUCUCACUAGCUGAGGCUGGAGCCACGCGCCACAGAUCAAUUUUCAAUGGACUGAAAGCCCUGGCAGAAGAUCAGCCAGACUGUAAACUCACUAAGCCAGAAGUGGUGAUUAUCCAUGACGCCGUGAGACCUUUUGUUGAGGAAGAUAUCCUCCUGAGAGUUGUCUUAGCAGCUAAGGAACAUGGGGCAGCAGGAGCAAUUCGACCUCUGGUGUCCACUGUCAUCAGUCCCUCUGCUGAUGGUCACUUAGACCACUCACUGGACCGUGCCAAGCAUAGGGCAAGCGAAAUGCCCCAGGCUUUUCUCUUUGAUGUCAUCUAUGAAGCGUAUCAGCAGUGUAGUGAUUUUGACUUGGAAUUUGGAACAGAGUGCUUGCAGUUGGCUCUAAAAUACUGUCACAGGAAAGCAAAACUUGUAGAAGGGCCCCCUGCCCUCUGGAAGGUGACCUACAAACAAGACCUGUGUGCAGCUGAAGCCAUGAUUAAAGAGAAAAUUUCACAAGAGAUUUGUGUGGUCAUGAACACAAAAGAUGAAGAAUCUGUAGGACAUCUUCUUGAGGAAGCGCUAAGAAAGGAACUAAAUUGUAUGAAAAUCACAUCUACAGUUAUGGAUCACAUAGGCGGAGACAUUAGGAACUUCAUAGAGCAAUGUUACAGUUUCAUCUGUGUGAAUGUUGUGUCCCCUGAUAGUCAAGAAACCAGGAAGUUACUGCGUAUCCUCGAAGAGAGCAGCCUUCCUCUUCUGUAUCCUGUAGUUGUUGUUUUGGUACACUGCUUUGACUUCACGUCAGUGCCACUCGCUCAGAAGAUGGAAAGCCUGGUGUGGAUUAGGGGGUUAGCAAAGGAAGUGAAAGAAAGGAAUAUUCUCCUAAGUGGACUCCUCCUAAACUACUCACAGGAUUGCAAACUGAUGUGGUCACCAUGGAAACCAGUCUGCAAGACUCCAAACACACAGGACUCAAUAUCUACUUCAGAAUGUCUAAGAUCAAAAAUUCAGGUGACAGCAGAUGCUGGCGAGGAUGUGGAGAAAGAGGAACAUUCCUCCAUUGUUGGUGGGAUUGCAGGCUUGUACAACCUCUCUGGAAAUCCGUCUGGUGGUUCCUCAGAAAAUUGGACAUAGUACUACCGGAGGAUCCAGCAUACCUCUCCUGGGCAUAUAUCCAGAAGAUGCCCCAACUGGUAAUAAGAACACAUGCUCCACUAUGUUCAUAGCAGCCUUAUUUAUAAUAGCCAUAAGCUGGAAAGAACCCAGAUGCCCCUCAACAGAGGAAUGGAUACAGAAAAUGUGGUACAUCUACACAAUGGAGUACUACUCAGCUAUUAAAAAGAAUGAAUUUAUGAAAUUCCUAGCCAAAUGGAUGGACCUGGAGGGCAUCAUCCUGAGUGAGGUAACACAUUCACAAAGGAACUCACACAAUAUGUACUCACUGAUAAGUGGAUAUUAGCCCAAAACCUAGGAUACCCAAGAUAUAAGAUACAAUUUCCUAAACACAUGAAACUCAAGAAAAAUGAAGACUGAAGUGUGGACACUAUGCCCCUCCUUAGAAGUGGGAACAAAACACCCUUGGAAGGAGUUACAGAGACAAAGUUUGGAGCUGAGAUGAAAGGAUGGACCAUGUAGAGACUGCCUUAUCCAGGGAUCCACCCCAUAAUCUGCAUCCAAACGCUGACACCAUUGCAUACACUAGCAAGAUUUUAUCGAAAGGACCCAGAUGUAGCUGUCUCUUGUGAGACUAUGCCGGGGCCUAGCAAACACAGAAGUGGAUGCCCACAGUCAGCUAAUGGAUGGAUCACAGGGCUCCCAAUGGAGGAGCUAGAGAAAGUACCCAAGGAGCUAAAGGGAUCUGCAACCCUAUAGGUGGAUCAACAUUAUGAACUAACCAGUACCCCGGAGCUCUUGACUCUAGCUGCAUAUGUAUCAAAGGAUGGCCUAGUCGGCCAUCACUGGAAAGAGAGGCCCAUUGGACACACAAACUUUAUAUGCCCCAGAACAGGGGAACGCCAGGGCCAAAAAGGGGGAGUGGGCGGGUAGGGGAGUGGGGGUGGGUGGGUAUGGGGGACUUUUGGUAUAGCAUUGGAAAUGUAAAUGAGCUAAAUACCUAAUAAAAAAUGGAAAGAAAAAAAAAAGAAUAAUUAUGGAUAACUUGAGGCUUUUAAAAUUUAUAUAAAAAUUAUAGGGUUUUCCAUUUAAAAAUUCAUUUAUAAUAUAAUAUAAUUUAAAGUCUUCUGUAAAAUGUAUUCUAUUCAAUAUAAUCAAUAUAAACA